AUGAGAUCAGCCCUCCUCACGGCUGCCUUUGCGACCGUCUUUGCCCUCGCCGCGCAUGGCCAGACCAUCACCACCACAAACGCGCUCGGCCUCACAGUCGUCGAAGCCGUCACCCUCAACCCACUGGGCAUCCCGACAACCGAGGUCCUCUCGACUUUGACCGGUGACACUGACCCGGCCACUGACACGGCCACUGACACGGCGACCACCACGUCUCAUACAGCGACGGCGCGCACGACUGCUUCCACGACGACAACCCAGAACCCCGGCGCUGUCGAGGACUCGCCAACUGAAGCUGGCGCCUCCCAGACCGUCUAUUACUAUUCGACCACCAACGCCGCAGGCGCCACAAUCGUGCAAGAAGCGACCUUCACGCCUACUUUUGCGCCCACCACAACGCUUACCCCGACUGCGACUGGCACAAUAUUGCAGUACAGUGAGUGGCACACAUCCGCCGGCACUGCUGCCGCCAGUUCCGCAGCACCGCUCCUGGACAUAUCUUGGUUGUUCGGGCCCUUCGUAACCAUUGUUGCGAUGUUGGGUGGUGGCGUUUUGGUUAUGGCAUGA